CCGUGGGUUACCUGUAAUUUGAAUGUAAAUGGCGGAAGCAAUACUAAAGAAUAUAUUAGAAAAAUAAAAAGUAAGAAAACUGAUACAGUGAUUUAUGCAAUGAAUAAGGUUAAUCAUGGAUUUAUUGCUGUCCAUGUUGGUGCAGGACAGCAUUCUGAUUCAACUAAAGACAAAUAUCAAAAGUUAUGUCGGAAUGCUUGUAAAAUAGGUAUUCAAAAUAUUAAAUCUGGUGGUAGUGCGCUAGACGCAGUGGUAGAUGCUACAAUUGUGUUAGAAGAUUCUCCUUUGACAAAUGCUGGAUAUGGUUCUAACCUUACAAUUAAUGGAACGGUAGAAUGUGAUGCCAGUGUAAUGGACGGUACUAAUUUGCAGUUUGGUGCAGUCGGUGCAGUUAGUGGUAUAAAAAAUCCGGUCUUUCUUGCUAAGCGUUUAUGCGAACAACAGUCAAAAAAAAUUGGAUAUGGAAGAAUUCCACCGAGCUUCUUGGUCGGACAUGGGGCGCAUACGUGGGCACAAGAAAUGGGUAUACAAAUAUUAUCUCCUGACCAGUUAAUAUCAAAAAAAGCAGAAAAAAUAUACAAGUAUUAUAAAAGACAAGUAGAGAAUAGUGAAAACGAAGUUCAUAAGUAUGCUAAAAGACGAAUGGAUACAGUUGGUGCUAUAUGUGUAGAUAAAAAUGGAAAUAUAGCAUCGGCUUGUUCUAGCGGUGGUAUUAUUUUAAAAUACCCAGGAAGAGUGGGUCAAGCUGGAGUUUGGGGAUGUGGUACUUGGGCAUGUAAGGAUAAGUAUUCAGUUGGUACAAGUACAUCAGGUUGUGGAGAACAUCUCAUUCGUACUACGCUUGCAAGAUCAAUAGCGGAAGCAAUUGUAAAUACAUCCUGUCCAACAACUAGCUUGCAUCAAGCUAUGAAAAUUAAUUUUAUAGAAUCUAGAUUCUUAAAUGAAAUCGAAAAGAAAUUAGGUGGAGUUAUUGCAAUUCGUUAUUCACCCCAGGAAAAACUUGGAGAUUUUCUUUGGAGUUAUUCUACCAAUUCGAUGAUCAUAGGCUAUAUGAAUUCUAAUGAACGAACAUCAAUAAGUCAUAUGUCAGUUUUACCUUCAAUUGAAGUUGGAAAAAAGGCUGUGGUCGAAGGGGUCUGUUUUCGAAUGUAAGCAAUUGAAAUUUAAAUUAAAACA